AUGGUCCCAGUUCUCACGUUAGCCUUACUCUUUCUCGCCGCAGGUUACAUCCAAGCCUGCAGAGGAUUGAUGAUCUCCGCCGUCUGCCUGGGCUUCUUCGGUGCCAUUUUUGGACUGGUUGGGAUGAAGUGUACAAAAGUCGGAGGCUCUGAUCAGACUAAAGCAAAGAUAGCUUGUUUAGCUGGACUGAUAUUCAUACUCUCUGGGUUGUGCUCUAUGACUAGUUGUUCCCUGUAUGCAAACAGGAUUACGUCUGAGUUCUUUGAUCCUUCUUUUGUUGCACAAAAGUAUGAAUUAGGAGCAGCUUUGUUCAUUGGAUGGGCUGGAGCUUCACUCUGCAUAAUUGGCGGCAGCAUAUUCUGCUUCUCAAUAGCUGAAAACAAUAAUUCUCCAAGGAGGGGGUUUGCAUAUAAUGGAGCCGCAUCUAUGAUGUCUUCUCGUACAAAGGUCCACAACAGUGUCCCAGACAAAACCCCACCAAAGUACUUCGACAAGAACGCUUACGUUUAAUUGCACUGGUGGAAGAUUCAAAGCAUUUUAAAAAUCAGUUUGUACGUUUCAUUCAGAGUGAUUUCUCCCCCACUCCCAACCCCAUGUACUUACCACCAAGACAAUGACUUUUUAAAACAUUAACUUGCAGCUUUUUACAUAUUGAUGUAAAUUUUAUUAUAGAAUAUUUUAAGGUUGGUAUUGUAAAGUUUAUACCUGCAAAUCAUGAGCUGAUAGUGCUUUCGUGAAAAAAAAAUAAAUAAAUGAGGUAUUUAC